CGGCGCGGCGGCGGGGGGCGGCGGGGAGCGGAGGCGAUGCGGGGCGGCGGCGGCCCGGGGGAUGCUCCCCGCCGCGGGCACGCCAGCAUGGAGCAGCGAGCAGGGCCACCAGAGCCAAGACCUGCAGGACCCAGCACGCAUCCGCAGCCCAAGGAGGGGACGCUGUGGGGUGUCCUCGCCAUCCUCUCGCUGCUGGCCGGGCUGGCCACGGGUGCCCUGCGAACCCCACACUGCAACGAGACGCUGGAUGCAGCCCCCACGCCAGCGGGAGUGGCCACCGCCAGCCCCAGCGCGGAGGACGGCGUGGAGAUGCCGCUCGCCUGGAGCCAGCUGCACGGGGACAACGUGACGACGGGGGCCCUGGGUGCAAUGGAGCUGGCGGAGGACCUGCUGCUGCGUGCCGAGCGCUCACCGCCAGGAACCAGCAAAGCCAAGAAGGGGGCGAGGAAACCCUCGCGGGGGGCCCGCGGGCGCAACUGCCACAUCCGCAACCUGAUGGUGAAGGUGCGCGACCUGGGCCUGGGCUUCAACUCGGACGAGAUCGUGCUCUUCAAGUACUGCAGCGGCUCCUGCCACCGGGCACGCAGCAACUACGACCUGACGCUGGGCAGCCUGCUGCGGCAGCAGCUCAUCGUCCCGGGCCCGCAGGAGCGCAUCCUCAGCCACCCCUGCUGCCGGCCCACCCGCUACGAGGCCGUGUCCUUCAUGGACGUGCAGAACACGUGGCAGACGGUGGAGAAGCUCUCGGCGGCCGAGUGCAGCUGCAUCGGCUGAGGGGGGGCUGCCGGCUCAGCCCCGGCUCGAUGCAUGCUGGCAGCCCCCAGCACGUGGCGCUGGCACUCGGAGGAAGGCAGGAGGGGCCGGUGCCCCCGGUUUUACGUGGCCACGAGGGACCGAGGCAAGCUGGAGUCGUGACAGAGGGGGUCGGCAGCAGAGCCCCCGCCCGCUCAGUGCCAAGCAGCCGGUGCCACCGGCUCCGUGGGUCCUGCCUGGGUGCGCCCUUACCUGGCUCGGCCCUGGGAGAGGAGCCGCAGGGUGACGGAGCAUUCCCACCACCCCGUGCCCUGCCUGGACUGGUGCUCCCACACCCCUGCCAAGCAUUGCCUGGGAUUUGGAGGGGGUCAGGAAGGGGCACCCCGGGACUGGGGGUGGCCGGAGCCACCCUGCGGGGAGGGGGUGUCCCCAGGGGCAGGGGCGCAGCGGGGCCAAACCGCACCGGCAUGGGGCAGCGCCCGGUGCUCCGCAGGGCACGGGCACCCCCGGAACCCCUGCCCGGCUCCAAGAAGGGGCUGCAGGGUCCCUCCCCGCGGUGCUGCGGCACUAAACUAUUUAUUACUCUAAAUUAUUUAUUUAUUGUUCUCGAGCGGCAGCUCCUAUUUAUGACUUUGGGCCCGCGGGGGCCGGGUGUAAUUUAACCCCAGCGCUGAUGUGAAGCCCUGGGGCUGCGGCCAGCAGCGCCCCGUCCCCAUCCUCGGGCUCCUCGUGCCCCCAACCCUUUUUUUUUUUUUUUUUGAUUUUUUUUUUUUUGGUCGUUUUUCUAUUAUUUGUAAGAUUUGAGGAUAAACUCUAUUUUUGUACAGCCGCCUUUUCCCGUAGCAAUAAAGCGAUGGGCCGCGCGUCCGA